CGGUAAUGGAGUGACAACAUUUACUAUCCAGUUUAUUACAGUGCGUUUACAAUAAAAAUAAAAUGAAGGAUUAAAAACAUAAAACUCUGAAAACGUUUAUCACAAUUUUCUUGUGAUUGACGAAAACAGCAAUGACAGUUUCGGCAUAUAACGGGAAAGCUGCUGAGCUCAACAAACGGGUAUUUGAAUUAUUGGAGUCUGUCUGUCAGCCUCUCAAAGAAAAUGGAACAACUCUUGUGUCACAAGGUGGUGUCUCUUUCUACCAAACAUCUAUUGUAAUUCGCCAAGUGGAAAGACCAUGGUCGGGUGCUAUCUCGGAUGAAGAAAUAAAGGUACAGUUAGAGCAGACAUACCUGCAUUACGCAAUAGUUCCCCAAGUGGCCUACUACAGAAAUAAACAAACGGUUAGCUUCGUCUCACCAUAUUUCCGAGGAGGCAACUUGGAAAAAACAAUACAGAGAGAAAGAGACAAAAUAUCGGACAAACCGACGGAAAAACCACUGACGUUAAAUCUGAGAGAAAAGAUAAGAAUACUUUACCAAAUAUGCUGCGCCAUUGAUUAUCUUCACCAGCCACCAGAGUGUGACAGGAAAGCUGUAACCCACGGCUACAUAAACAUGAAAAACGUUCUUUUGGAUAAGCAAAAGAAUGCCCGAGUGUUAUUUUUUAAACCAAGAUCUGUCAAAGGGGAAAAAUCGUUUGCAGAUGACGAAAAGAAAGAUGUGCACGACCUCAUAGACGUGAUAUGCAAGGUCCUGGAAGAACCUCCAGGAGAAAAAACCGAAUAUAUAAGCACACUUUUGGAGUCCGUCUCGAAACAGGACGUGACAUUAGCAGCCAUUUUGAAAAUAUUUAAGAGUCUUGUCCGAACAAAAGGAAUCAAAAGGUGGACACGAUUACCAGACGACGCUAAAAAUAAGAUGUGUGAGAUUUGCUGCGUUAAUAAGCCCGAGCUUUUUUGCAAAGAGCUUCUACAUUGUUCAAACUGCUCGGACCGAAUACAGAUGUGCGUUGGCUGUAUGAGGAACUGGCAGUACAAUCCUGUCAAGUGCCACAGCUGUGACCGAGAAAGAAUUCAGUCCCCAGUCGGUGAUGGAUGGGGUGCUAUACUCAUAGCUGGCACAGAUAAAGACCCUGUCGUAACGAAACGUUUUGAAAAAGAUGUAGAUGAUAUGAAAGAUAAACUUAUAAAAGAAGUGACUAUAAUGGGUGUGAGAGAGAAAGAUGUAAUCCCAGUGAAGACAUCUACAGCAACAUACCAGGAACAACUGGAUAAGGCGUUCACUCAGAUUGAUACCGCAGAUAUAAACACUGUCGUAUUAGUUUAUUCAGGUCACCAUGGUGAUGGGGGAUUUCAGAUAGACCCUGGAAAAGAAGAAUAUAUAGAGGAUGAUGAAUUCGUACGUAAAGUGAAUAAUCUAAAACAUGUUCAGAAAAUAGUUUUAUAUCUUGACUGCUGUUUUCCAAAAAAACUAAAUAUAAAAGAUAAAGUAGUGGUGCAGUGUAAUGCCGUGAAAGGCAGCGAGACCGCUUCGUGUGGGCCAAGAGGUAGCCAGUUCAUCAAUGAAAUUGUCAACGCAAUGACAAAUCAUUGUAAAGAUGAGUGCUGCAAUAGUACACAAAUUCUCAGCUUUUUUGACUUACAAAGGCAUUUGUCACGGAAACUAGACCGAAAAGACUCCACAAAACCUUCAUACCAGACUGACAUAUCAGGGGAAAUUGACAACUUCCUUGCGUUUAGACCUGUUAGUUCGGAAUGGCUGAAAACGUUGGAAAAAUCAUUAGAAAGCAGCCCAAUACCAGUUUUGAAGACAAGACUUAUUAAAUUCAUAUUGGACAAGUACUCAACGAUUCCACUCAACCCGAUCGUGCAUCACAAACAUUCGAAGUUGGUUGACUUCUACGAACCUACAAAAAUGUCGAUAACAAUCGAGGAGACAGAACAUAAAGAUGGUAAAACCUGCAAUCCUGAUGAUGUAGGCAAAACCGAUGAAAGGUAUCUCUCUAAAAUUGACGAAUUGUUAACGCCAAGUCAUCCUCCCACAAAACAAAAAGUGUACAUUUCAGGUGAAGCCGGAAUGGGUAAGACAACUUUUAGUCAGUAUUUGGCUUUAGCUUGGUGUGCUGUACAUGGCGAGAGCGAGGAAUGUGUGAGAAUGAGAGAGAAAAUGAAAAAACACAAACACUUUCAUGACAUUGAGUCCCUGAAACAGAAACAGUUGCUAUUUCUACUUCAUUUGCGAGAGUUUGAGGAGGUAUCUGAUUGUAUGAUAAUGUUGAGCAAAUUCCUGGAAUCAGACUUAAAAUACUCAGUUGAAGAUAUCGACGGACUGAUGACUUAUAUAAAUUGGCCAAAAACUGUAUUACUAAUGGAUGGACUUGAUGAAUGGACAUGUAAAGAACAUGCAAUGACAAAAUUUACUUCAGUAUCGAACGCAAGAAUCAUUUGCACUUCCAGACCUUGGAAGAUAGAUUCAUGUGUUAUCGAACCACUGAAGGAUUACAUCAAAGUAGUCAUCACUGGUAUUGAAUUUGAUGCUGUCAAAAGUCUUGUCGACAAAGUUACAAACUGUUUCAGACAAGAAAAAAUUCGAGUACAUGACAAUACUGCGGACUUCAUCCAAACACUUCAUAAUAAAGACCUGAGAACAGUUAUUUUUCUCAACGCGUCAGCAUCAAAAGAGUUGUUCAUGAUACCUAUGCUUAUUGUUCUGCUUCUGUGUCUCUGGCAUAAUGGGAAGGAUUUUGGAAAAACACGUGCACAGAUUUAUAUUAACAUGGCUGAGACUCUGUUACAUCGUAUGAAGAAGACGCCUGGAAUGCAAAACGAAGAAACAACUUGCAACUAUCACUUACCUGUUUUGUUUAACACUAUUGAGGCAACAUGCUGUAUCGAACAAAGAAAAAAUAUCGCAAAGCUAUCAAAACUAGCGUUUUAUUUGUUGUUCACUGGACAAACAGAACACUCUUUUCAUUUCUCAGAAAAAGAUCUUAGUCGUUUAAAGUUGUCCGGAAGACAAACUCAAGAAAUAGAAGGCGUUUUUAAUGAUAUAAAGCAGUUUGGUUUGAACUCUGGAAAUAUUCGUGGAACAGCCAUACCAUCGAGUUCAUCGCUGGAUAAAAAAUAUAGUUUUAUCCACAAAUCAUAUCAGGAGUUUUUUGCAGCUUUACAUAUCCUUGAACAAAAUUGUGAUAUAAACAAAUGUCAGGAAAUAGUUGCGAAUACCAAAACGCCACAAGAUGUGGUUGAUUUGGCGAACGUCUUCGACUUUGUCUGUGACCUUGACUCAACCCGCGUAGAAGCAAUGGUCUCAUUGAUAGUUGAGCUAACAGCAAAGCAUGCAAUGCAAACUAAUGAUGAAACGAGAAUCAAAUUCAUUACGACGAUGCAAGAUAUUAUUUUUGAUAUAUGUUCUAAGUAUGUCAAGGCAGGUAAGGUGUCAGUCAAUCUUUCGAACCUUAUUCUCAAUGGUUCGGAUCUGAAAAAUGAUUCACUAAGUGGAGAACUCAUGAAUGUUCUCAGAACAAAUGAAAACACAAUUGAAACAAAAAAUUGUACUAUUAAUUUAAACAACAAGUUGGCUGUUCUUUGUUUAUCUCAAUUGACCCUAUCAAGUAACAUGGACGUUUCACAAUUCGAUACGGAGGAGCUUAUACUGGUCGAAGUAUUGACAGGUUGCGUGAAUUUGAGUAAAGUUCAACGGCUCAAACGGAUUGCACUUUCCUUAAAGGAACCAACCACUGUCUCCAUACCUUUCGAAGAUGCAAAAAGACUCACAUUUCUCGAAAUGAAAAACUGUGUUCUGUCAGGCCCUCUGGACCUAUCUCAGUGUCCACUGGAGCAACUGAAGCUGAAUAUGACGAAGGUCAAGACUGAAAGUUUUUGUAUUACUAGAUCUGUGGAGAAAUGUGAAGUACUGAAUAUGUGUUGUCCUUUUGACUUUACUGAUGCCAAAAAUCUAACCGAGCUCAACAUGAUGUCUUGUUCCCAUCUUGGCCCUCUUGAUUUGUCUCAGUGUACACUUAAUGAGCUGAAGCUUAUUAAGGUCGAGACAGAGAAGGUGGUCACAGGCUAUGUAGAGACAUGUACGGUACGGCAUAUGGAUUGCUCAUUUGAAUUUACGAAUGCCAGCAAUCUUACCAAUCUCAGUAUGCGAGACUGUUUCCUUCGAAACCCACUGGACUUGACUCAGUUUAAAUUGUUGGAACUGGAGCUUCAAACGGUUAAGACAACAAAGGUUGUUACAGGGUCUGCGAGGACAUGUAAAGUUGUCGGUAUGAAUUGUUUAUUUGAAUUUCCGAAGGAAAGUAAAUUUACCAGUCUUAGUAUGACUGAAUGCUUUCUUCAUGGCUCACUGGACAUGUCCAAGUGUCAACUGGAGGAACUAACGCUUUAUAAAGUCGAGACUCAGAAUGUUAUCACAGGUUGUGUUGUGAUAUUUAAUGUUAUUCAAAUGGAUUGUUCAUUUGAAUUUACGAAUGCAAAAAAUCUGAACACUCUCAGUAUGCAAAUGUGUUCCAUUCAUGGCCCACUGAAUCUGUCUCAGUGCCCACUUGAAGAGCUGACUAUGCAAACAUGUUCAAUGUCUUGCCAACUGGACCUAUCUCAGUGUCCGCUAAAGAAGCUGUCUAUACAAAAUUGUUUAUUAUCCGGCCAACUGGACCUGUCUAACUGUCCGAUUGAGGUGCUGGAAUUUCAUAAGGAAACUACAGAGAAUGUGGUUUCAGGAAGUUUGGAGACACGUAUACCACAGCAAUUUGAUUUUUCAUUUGAAUUUACAAAGGCAAUCACUCUAUCCUAUCUUAGUUUGAUGUGUUGUUCCCUUUCAGGCCCUCUGGACCUAUCUCAAUGUUCACUACAGGAGCUUAAACUAAAUAAGGUUCGAACAAAGAAGGUGGUUACUGGUUGUAUGGUGACAUGUACGAUAGAAAACAUGGAUUGCCCAUUUGAAUUGACGAAAGCAACCAACCUUACUAAUCUCAGUAUGAUGACGUGCUCUCUUCCCGGGCCACUGGACCUAUCUCAGUGCCCGCUAAAGAAGCUGAAGCUUUAUAGCGUUCAGCAAAAUAUGGUUGUUACAAGAGAUGGGGAGACAUGUGCCUUAGAGCAUCCUGAUCUUUCAUUUGAAUAUACGAAUGCAACAAAACUUCCUGGUUCUCUCGACCUAUCUCUGUGUCCACUUGAGGAGCUUCAGCUUAAUAAUGUUCAGACAAAGAAGGUGAUUACAGGCUAUGUGAAGAAAUAUACGGUAAAGCAUAUGAAGUGUUCAUUUGAAUUAAAGAAUACAGUCAAACAUAUGAAUAUGAUGGACUGUUCCCUUCCAGACCCACUGGACCUGUCUCAGUGUCAACUGGUUGAGCUGAAGCUUCAAACGGUUAAAACAGAGAAGGUGGUAUUAGGCCAUGUAGAGACAUGUACAGUAGAGCAUAUGGACUGUUCAUUUGAAUUUACGAAUGCAGUCAAUCUUACCAAUCUUAGUAUGAUGGACUGUUCCCUUCAAGACCCACUGGACCUGUCCCAGUGUUCACUGGAAAAGCUGAAGCUUCAUAACGUUAGCACAAAAAAUUUGGUUACAGGUAAUUUGAGAACAUGUGAGGUAGUCCAAAUGGAUUGUCCAUUUAAAUUUAGAACCACACUUACCAAUCUCAGUAUGAAGGGAUGUUCCCUUCCAGACCCACUGGACCUGUCUCAGUGUCAACUGGUAGAGCUGAAGCUUCAAAAGGUUAAAACAGAGAAGGUGGUUAUAGGCCAUGUAGAGACAUGUGCAGUAGAGCAUAUGGACUGUUUAUUUGAAUUUACGAAUGCAGUCAAUCUUACCAGUCUCAGUAUGAUGGACUGUUCUCUUCCAGGUCAACUGGACAUGUCCCAGUGUCAACUGAAGGAGCUGAAGCUUCAUAAUAUUUAUGUGAAGACAUGUGAAGAAGUCCGAAUGGAUUGUCUUUUUAAAUUUCCAUCCACACUUACCAAUCUCAGUAUGAAGGAAUGUAUCCUUCCAGACCCACUGGACCUGUCUCAGUGUCAACUGGUGGAGCUGAAGCUUCAAACGGUUAAAACAGAGAAGGUUGUAUUAGGCCAUGUAGAGACAUGUGCAGUAGAGCAUAUGGACUGUUUAUUUGAAUUUACAAAUGCAGUCAAUCUUACUAAUCUCAGUAUGAUGGACUGUUCCCCCCUUCAAGGCCCAUUGGACCUGUCUCAGUGUCAACUGGUGGAGCUGAAGCUUCAAACGGUUAAAACAGAGAAGGUGAUUAUAGGCCAUGUAAUGACAUGUACAGUAGAGCAUAUGGACUGUUUAUUUGAAUUUAGGAAUGCAGUCAAUCUUACCAAUCUCAGUAUGAUGGACUGUUCCCUUCCAGCCUCACUGGACCUGUCCCAUUGUCAGCUUAAGAAACUGAAUAUGCAAAAAUGUUCACUGUCUGGCCAACUUAAUAUAUCCCGGUGUCCACUUGAGGAGCUGAAGCUUCAUAAUGUAACGACAGAAAAUGUAUUUGCAGGUUGUUUGGAGAAGUUAGUUCUUGAUAAGGUUAAUUCAAUGAACGUGAACAAACAUACUUAUUUCAGUAUGAUCGAUUGUUCCUUUUCUGGCCGACUUGACCUGUCUCAGUGUCAGCUGAAGACGCUGAAUAUGCAAAAUUGUUCACUGUCUGACUAUCUUGAUCUAUCGCAGUGUCCAAUAAAUGUACUAAAGCUGAAUACUGUGACAACAAAAAAGGUGAUUAUUGGUUGUGUGGAUUUCUGUUUCUUAGAGAACAUGUCCUGUUCUUUUCAAUUUAAAAAUAAAACUACACUUAUCAAUCUAAGUUUUAUUAACUGUGAUCUGACUCAACAACUUAGUCUUUCCAAUUGUCCGUUACAAUCCCUUAAACUUGUAGAAGUUGCUAAUAGCCACAUGAUCGUCGGAUCAUUAGAAAAACUGACAAGACUGUGCAUAUCAGACUGUAAGUUCCUUUCUGAGAAGCUUUUAAGCGCUUUAACAACAUUAGAGAUAAAAGAAACGCGUUGCAAUCUAUCAUCCAUUGAACUGUCAAGAACAUCUAUAGGACAUCUAAUACUGCACAAGCCUAAAAUAUCCAAAUCCGUGUUUGAAAAGCAGAUGGAGCAUCUCUACGGCCUUCCCCGACAGGUAACGUGCACGGUGAGAGGAUCAUCAAAGUUCUUGGAAAACACUGAAUUGAAGAAGGCUAUUGAUGAAAUUAUGAAGGCUAGUGAACGAUUUUCUGUGAAACAGAACCCUAGGUAUGUCACAAUAUGUACUAGAAAAUAAAACCUGCAAAUCAGGUCACAAGCACGGUGUAGGCAGAAAAUGUGUACCUUGAGAGCAUAAAGAAGUUGAUUUCACUUCUAGAGGAAUAAAUCAGGAUAUUUUCAAAACUUCAGUAUUACGAUCAAUAUUAAAUUCGCAAAUUAACUCAAAAAUCUUUUUUUAUUGUAAAAAGACUUAAACUAUGAUUAUGCCGAUAUGAAAUGGUCUAGUGAAAACAGUCUGUGCUUUUUGAAAUACCGUUCAACAAUUUGUACUGCAGCCUCUAGUUAUCUACAACCGCGUACCCGUCUUUAUAUGAUAAAAACAUAUUGACAGUUAAAAUUUGAAUAAAGUGAAGUAGUACGGAAUAUGGAAAACAUUGACCAUAAAAACAAUAAUAAUAAAGUGAAGUAGUUAGGGAAUAUGAAACGCAUUGACUGUUUAAACAAAAUAAAUAAAGUGAAGUAGUCGGGAAUAUGGAACGCAUUGACUGUUAAAAAAAUAAAUAAAGUGAAGUAGUCGGGAAUAUGGAACACAAUAACUGUUAAAACAAAAUAAACAAAGUGAAGUAGUCGGGAAUAUGGAACACAUUGACUGUUAAAAAAUAUAAAUAAAGUGAAGUAGUCGGGAAUAUGGAAAGCAUUGACUGUUAAAACAAAAUAAAUAAAGUGAAGUAGUCGGAAAUAUGGAACACAUUAACUGUUAAAACAAAAUAAAUAAAGUGAAGUAGUCGGGAAUAUGGAACAAUAUUAUCAGAUCAUUGUUUUUUCCUCAUAUUAAUAAAGAAAUAUUUAAACAUAAAAAGGAACAUCACUUUGUGUGUGUGUGUGUGUGUGCGUGUGCGUGUGCGUGUGUGUGCGUGUGUGUUUGCUUGCGUGUGUGUGGGUAUGCGUGUGUGGAUGUGUGUGCGUGCGAUAGAAAAUUGUUUUUCUACACAAAACAGAAAUGUUGAAGCAUAUAUAUGUUCUUGAUGUAUUAUGUAAAUAUGUUAAAUGUUAAAAAAUAAAUGAGAAAAACAACAACAAUUAAACUGGUAAAACAUAUGAAUAAAGAGAAGUUUGCACACUUACUUGUAACACAACAUUAAUAAAUUUGGGUACACGUUGGCUGGUUUUACAAUAUAGAUAAAAUGUAUAUUGACAACAUGCAUAGAUAUUGGUUGUUCGACAAUGGUGUGCGUGUGUGUGUGUGUGCGUGCGUUGCGUCACAUUACAUAUGUGACUAAUCCUUGUUUGUUUCUUCACAUUGUUCUGAUCCCAUUCCGGCUUCCAAAUGUGCUACAUUUAUAUUAACGUAUAUUUCAAAACCAAUGAUACCAGUGACAUAAAAACAGUGGAUGGUAUGAUGAAUUAUUUUCAUGUUUUCAUUAACAAAUUUCAAGUGUUUAGAUAUGUUUUUCAAUAAAAUAGCGAUGCCAAGAACCUUGUUCUAUGGUUAUUAUGUGUGAUUUGCUGUUUGGUUAUUUUCAUAACCAUUACUAUGACUAGUGGACAUGUAUAUAUCAUUUUUAUUGGUUUGUCUUUAACAGACGGAUAAUUUAUCUUUCCUGAAUUAUUGUAAGAAAGUAUUAUUUGAUGUAGAUAUAAUAAUUGAUCGUUUGUGGUAUGCAUUUAUAUAUCUAAUAACAGAUUUAACUAUUGAAACCAAGUAUGUGUACAUAAUAAAUAUGUUCUUUGCUAUAUGUAUUUAGUGUGUACAUUUUAAAACGUUUUAUUGUAAAACAUGCAAACUCGUAUAAUCAAUCUGUAGAGCGUUUAUUGUAUACUUUCAAAAAACGAUUCUUAAUUCGCUAAGACAUUUGCUUCAACUAAAAUUAUGUUAUUUAGUAACUCUAUUCGUAUGUAUAUAUGUAUCUAGUUUUUUAUUCAAAUUAAUAAUUGGUUGUUGUUUUAUAAAGAUGUGUUUUGAUGUUUUAAAGUUGCAUGUUUUAGUUUGUAGAGUAGAGUAAAUCGAGAAAUAAAUCGUAAAUCUACUCCUGCAUUUACGGUCAAUUACAUCAAUACAUGUAAUAGUUCGUGAAGUAGAGUAAAUCGAGGGAUAGAGGCAGAAAGGAUCUAUCUGCUCCUAUAUUUUAGAUCACUUACAUCAGUACAUGUAGUAGCUUGUAAAGUAAAUCGAGGGAUAAAUGCGAAAAGAGUCUAUCUGUUGCUUUAUUAAAGGUCUUUUACAUCAGUUUGGCUUUCACUCACCGUAUUUUUGUGGCUGAUUUCUUAAAAUAUGCGAACUAGUUCAAUACGAAUUAACAUUUUCUGAAAUUUAUUAUAUAUUAUUCUGUACAUAUUAAUGUUUUAUUCAUUAUUUUUCUCUACAUCAUAAGUGAAAUCGCCAUUAUGUAAUAACUCUUCAUAUACUCUUAAUUUUUCACAAGUGUUAUAUUUAUUGUUGUUUUUGCUGUGACACAAUAUUUUAUUUGAACCUUCUUGUAAAUAUAUGGUGGAAGCGCGACAAGUCAAUUAUAAAACUUGAAAAUUGUAUAUUUUACCAUAUGAUUCAUCUUUAUAUAAUAUUAGAAUGGACUUGUUUAUUAUACCACACGAUAUAUAAUUCAUAAUUUGUAUAAACAAGGAAAAGGCAUGUAAUCCAUAAUAAUCAACAUAUAUUUUGGCCAGAUUCACUUCAUGAAACUUAAGUUUUAUACCACAUGAUGUAUCUUUGUACUCACAAAGAGUGGGCAUGUACUUAAUAAUCUUAAUCACACAGUGAUGUUAGUUUCAUUUGUAUAAAACUUACACCACGUGAUGCAUCUUUGUAUUAACAAUGAGUGGGCAUGCAAUAUUGAAUCAUGAAAACACAAUAAUGCUAUUUUUUCUUCAUGAAACCUGUGAUUUUUACCACAUGAUGUAUCUUUGUAUAAACAAAGAGUGGGCAUGUAAUUUAUAAUUUUAAUUAUGUUAGUUUCACUUAAUAAAACUUGUUUGUUUAACCACAUGAUGUAUCUUUGUGUAAACAAAGAGUGGGCAUGUUUAUAAAUGAUAAUCGUAAUUAAUAAUAUAUAAGUAUGUCAGUUUCACUUUUUAUAACUUUUUUAUCAUACCACAUGAUGUAUCUUUUAAACAAAGAGUGGGAAUGUUAAUUAAAAGUAUACGUAAUUAAUGAUAUAUGAUCAUACCACUUUCACUUCAUGAAACUUUUUUAUUAUACCACAUGAUGUAUCUUUAUAUAAACAAAGAGUGGGCAUGUAUGUAUAUAAACAUUCACAUAUACGUAUGUCAGUUUUACUUCAUAAUACUUUUUUAUUAUACCACAUGAUGUAUCUUUGUAUAAACAAAGAGUGGGCAUGUUUAUUAAUAUUACGCAAUAUACCCGAAUGCAUGUUAAUCUUCAUGAAACUUAUAGUAUUUAACCACAUAAUGUAUCUUUGUAUAAACAAAGAGUGGGCAUGUUUAUUAAUAGUAUACGUAAUUAAUGACAUAUAAGUAUAUCAGUUUUACUUCAUAAAACUUGUUUUUAUUAUACCACAUGAUGUAUCUUUGUAUAAACAAAGAGUGGGCAUGUUUAUUAAUAUUACGCAAUAUACCCGAAUGCAAGUUAAUCUUCAUGAAACUUCUAUUACUUAACCACAUAAUGUAUCUUUGUAUAAACAAAGAGUGGGCAUGUUUAUUAAUAUUACGCAAUAUAACCGAAUGCAAGUUAAUCUUCAUAAAACUUGUAUUAUUUAACCGCAUGAUGUAUCUUUGUUUAAACAAAGAGUGGACAUGUUUAUUUAUAGCAUACGUAAUUAAUUAUGUAUAAGUAUGUCAGAUUCAUGAAGUCAGUUUCAUUUUAUGGAACUUUUUUUGUUUUACCACAUGAUGUAUCUUUGUAUAAACAAAGAGUGGGCAUGUAUGUUUAAACAUUAACAUAUAAUUAAGCGUGUUCUACUUCAUGACACUUGUUAAAUUUACCACAUGAUGUAUCUUUGUAUAAACAAAGAGUAGGCAUGUUUAUUGAUAUUACGCAAUAUACCCUAAUGCAAGUUCAACUUCAUGAAACUUGCAUUAUUUAACCACAUGAUGUAUCUUUGUUUAAACAAAGAGUGGGCAUGUUUAAUAAUUGUAUACGUAAUUAAUAAUAUAUAAGAAUGCCAGUUUCAUUUCAUGAAACCUUUUUAUCAUACCACAUGAUGUAUCUUUGUACAAUCAAAGAGUUGGCAUGUAAUAAAUGAUGCUAAAACACAAUUAUAUUAGUAUCUGUUCAUGCAAUUUGUGUGUUAUUCAACAUUAUGUUUAUUUAUAUAAUCAAAGAGUGAUUGUGUAUUAUAUAAUCCUUAACUAAUUGUAAUGCUAGUUUCAAUUAAUAAUAUUCUUUAAAUAUACUACUUCAUGUUUUUUUUUGUUAAGCAAAUAGUGAGCAUGCAAAUUAUAUUCCUAAACGUACAAUUAUUUAGGUUUUACUUCAAGAAUAUUGUGGUUUUAUACCACAUUAUGUAUCAUCGUGUAAAGAGUGACAUGUAAUAUGAAAUCCUAAAACGCAAUUAUGUUAUUUUCAGUUCUUGAAACUUGUUUAUUAUACCACUCGACUAAACAAAGAGUGAGAAUGUAAUUAAAAAAACCUUAUCACACAAUAUGUAAGUUUUACUUCAUGAAAUUUGUCUAUUAUACUACAUGAAGGUGUUUGAAUAAACAAAGGGUGGGCAUGUAAUUUAAAAACCUUAUCACACAAUUAUGUAAGUUUUACUUCAGGAAACUUGUGUAUUAUACCACAUGAAUGUAUUUGAAUAAACAAAGGGUGGGCAUGUAAUUUAUUAUCCUUUUCACACAAAUAUGUAGGAUAAACUUCAUUAAACUUUUGUGUUAUUUCCUACGUUAAUCAAACGUGAGUAUAAACUAUGUGUUUGAUUAAUCAAAAGAAUGUAUCUUUCUAUUAAAAACGUCAUAUAGUUAUAUAUGUUUUACUGACUUAAAUCCUUUUUGACUAUAUAGAUGGUUCACACUCCAUAAAGUUAUGAUGGGUGUGUAUUGACUUAAAUUCUACUUAAUUACAUAGAUCAUCCACAUGACAUUAAGUUAUCAAUGGUAUUUACUAACUUAAAUUUUACUUAAUUAUGUAGAUAAUCCACAUGGCAAAAACUUAUACAUGAUGUUAACUGAUUUAAAUUCUUCUUAAUUAUACAGUUGGUCUGCAUGAAAUAAAGAUUAAAUGGUGUGUACUGACUUAAAUCUUAUAGUUUAUCCUUAAAAAACAAUUAUUCAUAAAUAGUGUUCACUAACUUAAAUUCUACUUAAUUAUGUAGUUGGUCCAAAUGACAAAAUGUUAUAAAUAGUGUUAACUGAUUUAAAAUCUACUUAAUUAUAUGGUUUAUCCACAUGAUAAUUAGUUAUAAAUCGUGUUUACUGACUUAAAUUAUACUUAAUUAUAAAUAUGGCCCAUUUGCCAUCAAGUUAUAAAUGGUGUUAACCGACACAAAUUCUAAUUUAUAUGUAGUUGAUCCACAUGACAUAAAGUUAUAAUUGGUGUUUACUGACAUAUAGUCUAUUUAAAUUUAUAGUUGAACCACAUGUUUUUAGCAAGUUGUUGGUUUACAUACUUAAUUAAAAAUUCCGAAAUACUUCGAAAGUUUGCUGUCAGAGAAUGUUGCAAAUAUGUUUUGCAAAAACUUGAUUUACCAUUACCAAUUAAAACCCUUAUAUGUUUUAUCGAAUAUAUAUCUCUGAAAAAAAACCCCAUAAAAAACAGUUAUAAUGAUUUAAUAUGCUUUCGUAAUAAACAUUGUAAAAUGGAAUAGUUGUAUAUUAAAUGAGGACGUUUUUGUGAUAUACAAUGCAAAAUGGAAAGUAAAUAGAUCAAAAGUUAUAUAUUAGAUUUGUUUAAAGGAAGUCAUAUAGUUGUUAUGCUGCCAUGUUGUCAUAUAUUUAUGUACGUCAUGUAUCUCAUCCAUGCUGCUUGUAGACAUUGCUUAUAAAUAUAUGCACACAUAAAA